AUGGUCAUUGAGGUACCAUCGUUUUUACUGGUAAUCUAUGCCACAAUAAAAAGUCCAUUCCAUUAUAAUCUGACAUUCAUUGGUCUGUUCAUGCUUCUGGGAUAUUACUUUUUUCUUGUUGGUCGAUUCAUAACAUGUCUUUAUGAAAUUGGGAUAUUCAGUUUGAAAGAACAAAAUGAUGGAAAUGAGAUUUAUCCUCUGCCUCUGAUUGUCAGUUCGUUAAUGCAGUUUUUCUAUAUGGGAUGUGCAUGUGGAAUAUCAUUGGCGAUUGCAUUCGAGAGAUUCUUUGCUACAUACUAUGUGGAUACCUAUGAAAAGCAAAAGCGGAAAUGGAUUUCAUUAUUAGUCUGUUGCGAACUCACAUUUGCUUGUGGCAUAUCUGCAAUCAUUAUAGUUUUUGAUUUUCUUCCAAUCUCUAUAAUGGCUUUUCUUGGAGUUUUUAUCAGCUGCGCGUCUUUUUUCUUUUACCUUGUAUUAUUCAUCAUGAACAAACGACGUCUUCAAACGAUUCAACAGGAAAGAGUAGAUGAUGUUUACACUCUAAGCGUCCGUUUUCAGCUAUCUGAAAAUUUGAAAGUCAUGACACUGCUCCGCAAUGUAGUCAUCUUCUCUGGAGUGAAUAAUUUUGUUAUGGCAUUUAUUCUCACUUUCUACAUGUCCAAAUCCUUCAAAGAAACCCAUCCAGUGGCUUGUCUGUAUUUACAUUUUGCGUUCAACUUUUGUGUCAUAAUAUACUCAUUUCUGAUGCUGAUCAUAAUGGUUUUCAGUGUCAAGCAGUACCGUGUGUACUUCUUUUCGCUUCGAUUUGUUCGUGUGGUGAUGUACCCUCUAGUUGGCAGGUGUUUCCAGGGUGAAUUCUCGCAACAGCAAACGCAACAGCUCACAAUUCGAGACGAAACAAAUUGCUAUUUCGACAACCUCUCAAGUCAAUGGGAUGCAAAGUUUGAAGUAGUUAAUAAGCAGUGA